CCAGCCAGAUGAUAUAUAAAUACAGAGCAGAAGAUGCAUCUUUCCUUUCUGUGGAGCGGAAUCCCUUUAUGGAUUAUAAUCUGGCCAAUCAAAUCCUUCCUAGUGACAGAAAACUAAGGAUCAAAAGGAAGCUUUAAAUUCUAGACGCACAAUUAUCAGGAGACAUGGUGGGACUUAAACCCUCAGAUGUUCCCCCUCCUCUGGGGGUGAAGAUGGCGAGUGCUGGGGCGGCAGCCUGUGUAGCUGACAUUGUCACAUUUCCUCUGGACACAGCCAAAGUCAGACUACAGAUUCAGGGAGAAAAGACUGCAGUGGGAGGCAUCCGCUACAAAGGGGUGUUUGGGACGAUCAGCACCAUGAUCCGAACAGAGGGGCCCAAGUCCCUGUACAACGGGCUGAUAGCAGGGCUGCAGAGACAACUGUGCUUCGCCUCCAUCAGAAUUGGCCUCUAUGACAAUGUCAAAGAUUUCUACACUGGUGGCAAAGACAACCCCGGUGUACUGGUACGUAUUCUGGCUGGCUGCACUACAGGGGCCAUGGCAGUGUCCUUUGCACAACCCACAGAUGUAGUCAAGGUUCGAUUCCAAGCCCAGACGAACCUGGAUGGUGUGGCUCGUCGCUACACUGGCACAAUGCAGGCCUAUAAACACAUCUUCCAGAAUGAGGGCAUUCGAGGACUCUGGAAAGGCACACUACCCAACAUCACAAGAAAUGCACUAGUCAACUGCACAGAGCUGGUUACAUACGACCUGAUCAAGGAGGCCAUCCUCAAACACAACCUGCUGUCCGACAAUCUGCCUUGCCACUUUGUGUCUGCGUUUGGCGCCGGCUUCGUUACCACAGUCAUCGCUUCCCCGGUAGAUGUGGUGAAAACUAGAUACAUGAACUCACCACCAGGCCAGUACAAGAGUGCCAUCAACUGCGCCUGGACCAUGUUGACUAAAGAGGGGCCAACGGCUUUCUACAAAGGAUUUGUGCCCUCGUUUCUGAGGUUGGGAUCGUGGAACGUGGUGAUGUUUGUCUCGUUCGAACAAAUCAAGAGAGCGAUGAUGGUCACAAAGAAGAAGAUGGAGGCCACAAAUUGAGUUUGACUGGAAAACUUGAACUACCAGCCCUGUGCUGGAGCAUCGCUGAAGAUACCUAAUGAACAUCAUAUCACAUUUUAGUUUUAUUCUCUUUUGUCUUGUGGUGACAAAGAAGAAAAUCCUUUGUUGAAAAAGGAAUCUACUUUGUAUUUGACUUUGUUGAACUGAUGUGUAAAAGAAAUGCAUCUUUAUAUUUAGAAUUUUUCAUAAUGAACCCAUUCUAUAAAUUAAUGGGAGUGAAUGGUGCAAACACUAUGUUGUGACGACCUCCUUUGGGAAGUUGGGUUUGCUCUUUAAGACCUGUAAAUCUAUAUCUGCCACAUUCUUAGGCAGACCAGUACACCUGUAUGUGAGAAAUAAUAAUAAAAUGUACA